AUGAGUAAUUCAGACGAGGACUAUCGCCGAUCGACUUGCGACCAUCUCUUAGAGGUCGCCCGCGAAGCAGACAAUGACGAUGCAGAUCCCGGUUCUCCGACAGACCCAGACGGUAUUCUGGGACACAUUGAAGAUCAUGAAGAACAGGAUGUUAUUGCCGUUUCCAGUUUAAGAUCGCAACAACGGAGAGCAUUCUUCAUCAGGACUGUCGCCCUCCUGUGUGCUUGCAGUCUAAGUGUUGGCAGCCAUUACGCGACGAAUAUCCUCGGACCCCUCAAGAGUCGGCUGAAACGGGAGCUGGGAACAUCCCAUACUGAGUUUGGGCUACUCCUGUCGGCUUACAGUCUGAACAGUACUUGGACACCAUUAGUAGGUGGUAUACUUGCAAGCCGCUUAGGCACCACAUAUACUAGCAUAUUGGCCACUGGUGUGAUAUUACUGGGCCAAAUAUUCCUACUCUUCGGAGAUAUAUGGGCAGACAUCCGAUUAAUGACACUGGGGCUCUUCAUCUUCGGUCUUGGAGUCAGUCCAUUAGCUGUUGUACAAGAAACCAUCAUUGUCCGCUUUUUCAAAUCGCAUGGAUUAGGUAUUUCGAUGGCAUUUGGACUCAUAGCUGGCAAAGGGGCAUCGUUUUUAUCUGCACGAACGUCAUAUCCUUUAACGGAGCGCUUCGGUAGUCGGGCUCCCUUCUAUGUAUCCACUACGCUGGCCGCCAUUUCUGUCGUCAUCAAUCUGGCUUACAUUUCGCUGUCCAAAUGGCUUAUAGACGGUGCAGGGGCAGAAUUAGAGGCCCCGGAUAUCAGUGAAGAAGCUAAACGUCGGUUGGCCACUAACCUUACAGAAGCCCAAGCUCUGGAAAAGGUUGCCGAGAAGAGAAAGGUUCAUAUUCGCCAAAUCGCAAAGUUAGGGGACGUAUUUUGGGUGUGA